AUGGCAACAGCAAACGUCGCCGGUGCCGGUGGCUCGGGCUCUGAGCCCACGCGCAUCGCCAUCCUGGGCAAGGAGGACAUCAUCGUCGACCACGGCAUUUGGCUUAACUUCGUAGCCCACGACCUGCUGCAGACACUGCCGUCCUCGACAUACGUGCUGAUCACCGACACCAACCUCUAUACCACAUAUGUGCCGCCCUUCCAGGCUGUCUUCGAGGCUGCGGCUCCUCGCGAUGUGCGUCUGCUCACCUACGCCAUCCCGCCCGGCGAGUACUCCAAAAGCCGCGAGACCAAGGCCGAGAUCGAGGACUGGAUGCUGUCGCAUGCCUGCACGCGCGACACUGUCAUCAUUGCCCUUGGCGGCGGCGUCAUCGGCGACAUGAUCGGCUAUGUGGCGGCUACGUUCAUGCGUGGCGUGCGCUUCGUCCAGGUGCCCACCACCUUGCUUGCCAUGGUCGACUCGUCCAUCGGCGGCAAGACGGCCAUUGAUACGCCCAUGGGCAAGAACUUGAUCGGCGCCUUCUGGCAGCCGCGCCGCAUCUACAUCGACCUUGCCUUCCUCGAGACCUUGCCGGUGCGCGAGUUCAUCAACGGUAUGGCCGAGGUCAUCAAGACGGCUGCCAUCUGGAACGAGACGGAGUUCACCGCGCUCGAGGAGAACGCCGCUGCCAUCCUCGAGGCCGUGCGCUCCAAGGCCUCGUCGCCGGCUGCCCGCUUGGCCCCGAUUCGUCACAUCCUCAAGCGCAUUGUACUAGGUUCGGCGCGCGUCAAGGCCGAGGUUGUGUCGGCCGAUGAGCGCGAAGGCGGCCUGCGCAACCUGUUGAACUUUGGCCACUCCAUCGGCCACGCCUACGAGGCCAUCCUGGCUCCUCAGGUCCUUCACGGUGAGUGCGUCGCCAUCGGCAUGGUCAAGGAGGCCGAGCUGGCUCGCUAUUUGGGCGUCCUGCGUCCCAGUGCCGUCGCCCGCCUGACGAAGCUCAUCGCCAGCUACGACCUGCCGACCUCGGUCCACGACAAGCGCAUCGCCAAGCUCUCUGCUGGCAAGGAGUGCCCCGUCGACGUGCUCCUGCAGAAGAUGGCCGUCGACAAGAAGAACGAGGGCCGCAAGAAGAAGAUCGUGCUGUUGUCCGCCAUCGGAAAGACCUACGAGAAGAAGGCCACGGUUGUCGACGACCGCGCCAUCCGCUUGGUACUCUCACCUUCGGUCCGCGUGACCCCCGGCGUGCCCAAGGGCCUCUCUGUCACUGUGACCCCUCCGGGUUCCAAGAGCAUCUCGAACCGGGCGCUUGUCCUGGCUGCCCUUGGAGAGGGUACUACCCGUAUCCAUGGCCUGCUUCACUCGGAUGACGUGCAAUACAUGCUGGCUGCCAUUGAGCAGCUCCACGGCGCUGACUUCUCGUGGGAGGACGCCGGAGAAAUCCUCGUCGUCACUGGCAAGGGCGGCAAGCUGCAGGCCAGCAAAGAGCCUCUGUACCUGGGCAACGCGGGUACUGCUUCGCGCUUUCUGACCUCAGUCGUCGCCCUCUGCGCUCCGUCUGCGGUCUCGUCGACCGUUCUGACGGGCAACGCUCGUAUGAAGGUGCGCCCCAUCGGUGCCCUUGUCGACGCGCUUCGUGCCAAUGGCGUCGGCGUCAAGUACCUCGAGAAGGAGAAGAGUCUGCCCGUCGAGGUUGAUGCUGCGGGCGGCUUUGCGGGCGGCGUCAUCGAGCUGGCUGCCACUGUUUCGUCGCAGUAUGUCUCGUCCAUCUUGAUGGCUGCUCCCUACGCCCAUCAGCCCGUCACUCUUCGUCUCGUUGGCGGCAAGCCCAUCUCCCAGCCCUACAUCGACAUGACCAUCGCCAUGAUGGCCUCGUUCGGCAUUAAGGUCGAAAGAUCGGCCGAAGAUCCGAACACCUACUUGAUCCCCAAGGGCGUGUACAAGAACCCCCCCGAAUAUGUGGUCGAGAGCGAUGCCAGCUCGGCAACCUACCCCCUUGCUGUUGCUGCGAUCACUGGCACCACCUGCACGAUCCCCAACAUCGGAUCCGAAUCGCUCCAGGGCGACGCUCGCUUCGCCGUCGAGGUCCUGCGCCCCAUGGGCUGUGCCGUAGAACAAACAGCCACGUCCACGACCGUCACCGGUCCCCCGAUUGGCACGCUCAAGGCCAUCCCCCAUGUCGACAUGGAGCCCAUGACGGACGCCUUCUUGACUGCUGCGGUGCUUGCUGCCGUGGCCGACGGCACCACUCAGAUCACGGGUAUUGCCAACCAGCGCGUCAAGGAGUGCAAUCGCAUCGCUGCCAUGAAGGACCAGCUGGCCAAGUUUGGCGUUCAGUGCAACGAGCUCGAGGACGGCAUCGAGGUCAUCGGCAAGCCGUACCAAGAACUCCGGAACCCCGUCGAGGGCAUCUACUGCUACGAUGAUCACCGUGUUGCCAUGAGCCAUAGCGUGCUGUCCACCAUCUCGCCCCAUCCCGUGCUUAUUCUCGAGCGCGAGUGCACGGCCAAGACCUGGCCUGGUUGGUGGGAUAUCCUGUCGCAAUUCUUCAAGGUCCAGCUGGACGGCGAAGAGGAUCCAACGAAGCGCACAACGCAGUCGACACAACAGGUCCGCAAGGGUACCGACCGGUCCAUCUUCAUUGUCGGAAUGCGUGGUGCGGGCAAGUCUACCGCUGGCCGUUGGAUGUCCGAGCUCCUCAAGAGGCCUCUCGUUGACCUGGAUGCCGAGCUUGAGAGGAGGGAGGGCAUGACCAUUCCCGAAAUCAUCCGCGGCGAACGCGGCUGGGAGGGCUUCCGGCAAGCCGAGCUGGAGCUGCUGCAGGAUGUCAUCAAGAACCAGUCCAAGGGCUACAUCUUUUCCUGCGGUGGCGGUAUCGUCGAAACCGAGGCUGCUCGCAAGCUUCUGAUCGACUACCACAAGAAUGGUGGCCCCGUCCUGCUCGUUCACCGUGAUACCGACCAGGUAGUCGAGUAUCUGAUGCGGGACAAGACCCGGCCGGCGUACUCGGAGAACAUCCGGGAGGUCUACGAACGCCGCAAGCCCUGGUUUUACGAGUGCAGCAACCUGCAGUACCACAGCCCCCACGAGGACGGUUCGGAGGCUUUGCUGCAGCCGCCCGCCGACUUUGCUCGCUUUGUCAAACUCAUCGCGGGCCAAUCGACUCACCUCGAGGACGUUCGGGCCAAGAAGCAUUCCUUCUUCGUCUCGUUGACCGUGCCUAAUGUUGCCGAUGCCCUGGACAUCAUCCCCAGGGUCGUUGUUGGCUCUGACGCCGUAGAGCUUCGCGUGGAUCUGCUGGAGAGUUACGAGCCGGAGUUUGUCGCCCGGCAAGUCGCUCUGCUGCGCGCAGCGGCACAGGUGCCCAUCGUGUACACAGUGCGCACCCAGAGCCAGGGCGGUAAGUUCCCUGAUGAGGAUUACGAUCUUGCCUUGCGGCUCUACCAGACGGGCCUGCGUUCGGGCGUGGAAUAUCUUGACCUCGAGAUGACCAUGCCCGACCACAUCCUGCAGGCCGUAACCGACGCCAAAGGCUUUACCUCCAUCAUCGCAUCGCACCACGACCCUCAAUGCAAGCUUUCGUGGAAGAGCGGGUCGUGGAUUCCCUUCUACAAUAAGGCGCUGCAGUACGGUGAUGUGAUCAAGCUGGUCGGCGUGGCCCGUGAGAUGGCCGACAACUUCGCCCUGACCAACUUCAAGGCCAAGAUGCUCGCGGCUCAUGACAACAAGCCCAUGAUUGCUCUCAACAUGGGCACCGCCGGAAAGCUCAGCCGUGUGCUCAACGGCUUCCUGACCCCCGUCUCGCAUCCUGCCUUGCCGUCCAAGGCGGCUCCUGGCCAGCUCUCAGCUACUGAAAUUCGCCAGGCGCUGUCACUGAUAGGCGAGAUCGAGCCGAAGUCGUUCUACCUGUUCGGGAAGCCCAUCUCGGCGUCUCGUUCGCCUGCCCUGCACAACACUCUCUUCUACAAGACGGGCUUGCCGCAUCACUACUCGCGCUUCGAAACCGAUGAGGCGUCAAAAGCCCUCGAGAGCUUGAUCCGCUCCCCUGACUUCGGCGGCGCUUCUGUUACCAUCCCACUGAAGCUCGACAUCAUGCCGUUGCUCGAUAGCGCUACCGAUGCCGCACGCACCAUCGGUGCUGUUAACACCAUCAUUCCGCAGACCCGCGACGGCAGCACGACCACGCUCGUGGGCGAUAACACCGACUGGCGCGGCAUGGUCCAUGCCCUGCUGCACUCCUCGGGGUCUGGUUCCGUCGUCCAGCGCACCGCAGCCCCCCGAGGGGCUGCCAUGGUGGUCGGCUCGGGCGGCACCGCUCGCGCAGCCAUCUACGCCCUGCACGACCUCGGCUUUGCGCCCAUCUGGAUCGUCGCCCGGUCGGAGGAGCGCGUGGCCGAGCUUGUGCGCGGCUUCGACGGGUACGACUUGCGCAGGAUGACGUCCCCUCACCAGGGUAAGGAUAACAUGCCGAGCGUCGUCAUCAGCACUAUCCCGGCUACCCAGCCGAUCGAUCCCAGCAUGAGGGAGGUGAUUGUCGAGGUUCUCAAGCACGGUCACCCCUCAGCUGAAGGCAAGGUCUUGCUCGAAAUGGCGUAUCAGCCGCCUAGGACGCCGCUGAUGACGCUGGCUGAGGACCAGGGCUGGAGGACUGUUGGUGGUUUGGAGGUGCUGGCUGCUCAGGGGUGGUAUCAGUUCCAACUCUGGACGGGCAUCACGCCACUUUAUGAGGAAGCACGUGCCGCGGUUAUGGGAGAGGAUUCCGUUGAGUAG